AUGUCGGCCGCAAGCCCUACGCCGUUCCAAAUAUCGAUUCCUCAGGAUGCUCUCGAUGCGGUGAGGCAGAAGCUGACGAACGCUACUCUGCCUCCUCCACCUCCUCAGAGCGACGACCCCUGGAAGUACGGCGUUCCGAACGCAGACCUCGAGCGUAUCCUCGAGCACUGGAAGACGACCUACGACUGGAGAAGGGAGGAAGCAGCUCUCAAUGCUGACCUCCCUCAGUUCACGCUCCCUGUCAACGUGCAAGAACAUGGCCUGUUCCGGGCUCACUUCGUACACCAGCGCGCAAAGCGCCCAGGAAAGGCCAUUCCCCUCCUGUUUGUGCACGGCUGGCCAGGGCAUUUCGCCGAAGUGCGAAAGAUUCUGCCUUUGCUGACGAAUCCCGAAAGCGAGGACGACCCCGCGUUCGACGUGGUCGCGCCAAGCCUUCCUGGCUUCGGCUUCACUAGCGCGCCUGAGAAGAGCGGGUUCGCGAUUAGUCAGUAUGCUGAGUUCUGUCACAACCUGAUGCUCGCGCUCGGGUACAAUGAAUACGUCGUGCAGGGCGGUGACUGGGGCUUCUUCAUCUGCCAUCGUCUGGUACAUUUGUACGGGCCAAAGCAUGUUAAGGCAUGGCACACUAACUUCCCCGGGGCUGGUCCGCCCUCCGCGACGGCUUGGCCUCGUCUCUUCUUCGCACACCUCGUCACACCAUACAGCGAAGAGGAGAAGAAGGGUCUCCAACGAACAAUGUGGUUCAGGCAAAUCGGUCAAGGCUACUUCCAAGAGCAAUCCACGAAGCCUCAGACACUCGCUUACUCCCUGGCGGACUCACCAGUCGGUCUCCUCGCGUGGAUAUACGAAAAAUUAGUUACCUGGACCGACAAUUAUCCUUGGACCGAGGACGAAGUCUUAACGUGGAUCCAUAUCUACGCCUUCUCUCAGGCUCAGUCAACGUCGUCUGCUGCGACCUCUAUCCGCAUCUAUUACGAGGCCCUUCACGCACAGGAUUUUAAAACGCUUGCUGAUCCCACGUAUUACAAUGAUAAAGUACCCCUUGGGAUUAGCAUCUUCCCGCAGGAGCUCGUCCUAGUUCCCCAAACGUGGCAUCAUACGCUUGGUCCUAUUGUGUACUCCGCGAGGCAUCAAAGCGGUGGACACUUCGCUGCGUUCGAGCGCCCGAAUGAGCUCGUUGCCGAUAUCAGGAAGACGUUUAAGUCACCUGAGGUCAGGGCGAAGCUGUAA